AUGGCUGACACCUCCAAGUUGCAUCCUGCGACUACCGUCACCAAUAUCAAAUCAUGCAUCCCUAUUGUGCUUGACUACGAAGGAAGCCAAUACAAUAACUGGGCUACCCUCUUCAAGCUCCAAUGUCGUGCAAACUUGGUCAUUGACCACAUCCUACAUUCUGCCUCCCCCACCGUGCCACCACCGGCAACUGCAACCAAAAAACUUGCUGCUAAGGCCCUAUGGGAACGGCUGGAUGACAUUGUUCGGCAUUGGAUAUAUGGUACGAUAUCGAAUGAUCUUCUCAACACGAUCAUUCAUCAAGAGGACACCGCAGCCGAAGCUUAG